AUGCCUCUGACGGCACCGAUAAGUCUUGCUCCGACAGAUCCAAAUGCGGGUCAGAUUUCUACAGGCGUCUACCAUGACAUAUUUGGGGACGAUGAGAGAAAGUCUCUAGACAGUGGUCACGGAACAGUUUUAUCAAGUGGAAUGUCUGUCGAGCUCGAAUAUGCUGCUCAGACCUCGCCAACCACUUCCCCCAAUCGUGCCACUGACACAGCUGAAACUCUUCCAAGGUCGCGUCUUCCUCGAUUUAUCAAAUUUCUUCCAUCACACCUGGACCAGGACGAUUUGCGAUACUUACAAGCACGUGGAUGCUUCACAUUUCUGUCUGCGGAUUUAGGCAAAGCUAUCAUGCGCAGAUACGCAGAGUUCAUUCAUCCAUUGGUCCCGGUCAUUGACCUCGACGAAUUUGUUGCCGCUGUUUUUGGGGAUGUGGAGAAGAAGAUAUCUCCCCUCCUAUAUCAUGCUGUUAUAUGUGCUGGCUUGGCCGCUGUGGAUGUACAGACAAUCCUCAGCCACGGUUUUGAGUCUAAAGUUGCUGCGAGAAAACAGUGUUACACCAGAGCCAAGGUCUUAUUUGAUAUGGACGUCGAGACGGACCGUCUGGUGACAUGCCAGGCAUCCAUCCUCCUGAGUAGCUGGGCGAGCUAUGAGCACUCUAGGGAUCCGUUUUAUUGGAUGGGCGUUGCGAUCAGUGAGGCGUGUACUCUGAGGAUUGACAAGCCUGGAAGCAAUACGAAUCUUCCCAAAAAGGACCAAGUAUUGCGCCAGAGGAUCUGGUGGACUCUGAUCCUGAGAGAGUGCGACAUCUGCCUGGCACUGGGAAGGCCGCCGCGAAUAUCACUCUACCGCAGCCCCCUACCUCAACAUGACAUAUUCGGGAACACUUCUUCUCUCAGUCAUUAUUCGCAUCUACCAGAAACUGGAAAGCUUCGGAGAGAUCCGUGGAUACAACGGCGACUCGAAAUGGCAUACAUCGAGAAGGCAAAGCUCGCAUUGGUUAUUUACCAAAUUCUAAAACUGUCCUCUUCCAAUGACGAUGUCGCGAACGGCCCAAAGAGUCGGAACGCAAGAAUUUGGCAGCUUGAAUCAGAGCUCAAAGAUUGGCGUCUUCAGCUCCCCAUGGAACUGACAUCGUAUGAUGCGGCUUUGAAUUUGUUCGAAGGUGCAGAUAGGUCGUUGCAGAUGACCAUGUCGACAUUACUUCUGACACAGCUUAUGGCCGUGGUAAUGCUACACAGGAGUGAGGCGUCAGCUACCAACUGGCCAAAGUCCUCACAGAUCGGGGACGAUUGGUUCGACGAUAUCGAGGCCCUGGAUGCCCAGGGCCAUACCAGGUCGAUCAGGCAAGCUGCCCACGAGAUCACUAUCAUUCACGAGACUUUGCACGAGCAACAGCUGACUGGUUCACUCCCACCGACCUGCGUGGCUACGAUUUGUACCGCUGUGUUUGUCCAUCUCCUAGACGCCAGGUCAACCGAAGGGCCUAUACGUGAAGCAGCCUUGAAGCACUUGGACACUUGUCUGGCCAUUCUACCUGAACUUGGACAAGUCAACGAGGCCGCCAACGACAUAGCGAGGCUUAUUGUGCCUGCUGUUCAAGCAGUCAGAGCUUCGUCUGCGCCAGCGACUAGUAAGGAGAAUGCUACGUCGCCAACCCGUGCUGCAGGCCUCAAUCGCCCACAAUACACGAAUGGUAGUUCGCUUGACACACCUACCUUUAUGGAUGGAGUUAUGCCUGAUCAAGCGCCGAUGAUCCACGGUACCCUGAGCCCGUGGGACCUGUUCGGGUCGGCACUUGAAUUUGGAGGUCAGGACCCAUUCUUUGGGAUUGAGGGUAUUUUCGACCCUGAAUAA